AUGGCGUUGGCAGACAAAAGACCUCUUGGCGUUCCAGUCACUUCCCACGCUUCCCCAGCGUACACGAUGAAGUCGACCAUCUCUGAUUUAAAGGGCGCUGAGACGGCGCAAGCGCAAGCGCAAGCGAAGCAAGAGAAAGGUCGGGUUAGUGAGAGCCCUGGCGGUUCUCCGACCUCGAGACUGAUUCUGCCCGAUUCGUUGAUGCAGCAGAAGAAGCUGCUGACGCUGCUGUUCAGCUCCCGGGACUCCACGCCGGCUCCGGCGAAUUUGAGCGGCAACGGCUUGUAUUUAAAGAAACAUAAGGUCCCCUCGAGAGUGCCCAUUGCGACGGGCAUUUCCACCACCAUCCCUGUCACUGGGGAAAAACCCAAACCUCAGCAAGAAGGCGAUGCCUCUUUGGAAGACGAUGUGUUGUAUGCGAUCUUUCUCAUCUUGUACGAGAAGGACCCAGCAGGCGCUGGAAUGACCGUCAAGCAGAUCUGCGACGUUUUGGUCGAAAGACACCCUGAGAUGGCGCAGCUCUCGUCAAAAACGUCCAAUUUGGUCAGCGCAAAGCUCAAUGCCUACGUCAAGCGUGUGGAGAAGGGCGACGCCAACUUGCGCUAUGCCCUUUCUCGAGAAUGGGCCGAUGCCCUGCCCAAGCGUAUGGUUUACGUUUACCGUGGUCUUUUGGCAAAGAAUUUCCACGUUCACUUGGGCCAGCAUCAGGCACAGAACCAACAAAGCCCUCAACUCUCGCAAUUGCAACACCUGCUGCUGCUGUUGGCGCUGCUGCUGCUGCUGCUGCUGCUGCUGAAACCAGUGGACUCGUUCGAGGCCGCCAAGCACCUGGCGUUGCUGAAACCACGCCGCCAAACGAUGUUUGAUUUGGGCAUCUCGCGCCCGGCGUUUGUCGAGUCUCCGAUCGACAGGUCCAACUUGUUCGUGCCGUAUGCGCUGGCGCCCGUGGCGGCCUCUUUGACCGAGGUGAAGUUGGAGGAGCUGAAGCUGGGUGGUGGAAAAAUGGCUGCGAAAAACAAGACCAAAAGUGGAAAUGCGAACCUGGACGAAGUUGAGGAAGAGGGUUCUCCUUUGAAGAGCACCGACAACAAUAACAACAACUCGGACGACUUUGAGUUCGACGAGUUGGAGGUGUUUGACGACGACGACGACGACAUGCCUGGGUUUGUCAUUGACACCUUCAAGAACGGCAAGCGCUCCAAGUCCAUGUCGUACCUCUCUCAGAACAAGAAGGCCAAGUUCCUUACUGCUGCUGCUGCUGCUCCUAGAGCUUCCAAGGCGCCCUGUUCUCCUAGCCCCAACGCUGCUGCUGCCGCCGCCGCUUUGCACGCUGCUGCUUUGAAGGCCAUUGCUGCCGCCAACUCUUCUGCUUCCUCUUCGCUGUCGGUGUCGUCAGCUUCUUCUUCUGGCGCCUCUCCUGCCUCGACUGCAGCUUCCGAGUCGACGGCUCUGCCAAAGAGUAAAGACUGGCUGCACGUUGUUCGUCUGGGGUUCUUGAGCCAGGAAAUUGGCGCUCCCGAGGACAUUAGCUUGCUGGACUUGGACAAGUUGUUCAGCUAA